AUGCCGGGCUUGGUCAACCGGACGACCAGCACCGUCCUCCCUCUGGCUGCCUCGGAGGUCACCUCCUGCGUCAGUGGCUACGCCUUUGGAAUGACCGCCUGCCUAUCCUACCGCAACUCGGAGGACCAUCCUUUUGAAGGCAUGUUUAUCUACCCCCUGGACGAAUACACAACCGUCGUGGGCUUCGAAGCCGUGAUCGCUGAGCGGGUGGUGACGGUGCAGAUCAAAGACAAGGCGAGGAUCGAGGAGAGUGGCUUCAGCGACGGGGGACCCCCGGAUGAGGAGGGCCACGUCGUUCUGGACGAAGACCUGGAGAGGGUCAUCUUUGUGGCCAGCGUGGGCAUCGUUCCCCCUCAAGUGGACGUCUCCAUCUGCAUCAGCACGUCCUCGGAGCUCCAGACCCUCCCCACGGGGGCCGUCAGGGUCCUCCUUCCAGCCGUCUGUACCCCCAGAGUGCCCCAGAAAGCCUCCCACCUGACCAGCAGCCUCUCUGGGCACCACCUCCCCUUCAGGGAGAGGCACAGCAGUGGAGGGACGCUUUCUCCAGAACAAGCAGGGAAAUUCUGCCUGGCGCAUCACCUGGAAGCCGAGACCACCAACCCUGCGGAGUACGACUUCAGCUUCUCCCUGGAGAUCCGAGGGCCGUGUUUAUUGGCAGGAGUGGAGAGCCCCACCCACGAGAUCCGAGCGGACGCCGACCCUUCGGCCAGGUCAGCCAGGAGCAUCACCAUCACCCUGGCCAACAAGCACACCUUCGACCGCCCGGUGGAGGUGCUGAUCCACCCAAGCGAGCCCCACAUGCCCCAUGUCCUGAUGGAGGAGGGGGACAUGGCCCCCGCCCAGUACGAGCAGCACCUGAGUGGACGGAGCGAUUUCAUCAGGGGCACCAAGAAGGACCCCAGCCCCGAGAAAAAGACCGAAAUUAUCCGGAAGAGGCUUCACAAGGACAUCCCUCACCACCCGGUGAUCAUGUUGAACUUCUGCCCGGAUCUGAAAACGGUGCAGCCGAACCUCCGGAUCACCCAUGGGGAAUUCAUAUUCCUGGUGGACCGAAGCCGGAGUAUGGCUGGCACCAACAUCGCCCGGGUGAAGAUGAUCCGGUCUCUGAAGGCAGCCAUGGCUCCGGUGGUGAGCGACGUCUCCGUCGACUGGGUCUUUCCCGAAACGACAGAAGUCCUGAUUUCGCCAGUCAACGCCAGCUGCCUGUUCCCAGGGGACCGCCUGGUGGCCUACAGCAUUGUCUGUGACACGUCCCUCUACGUCUCCAACCCCCGGCUGGACAAGAGACGCCGGUACAGGAUGCUGCAUUCGCAAGAGUCGGGAGGCUCCGUUUUCUUCCACUCCCAAGAAGAAGGAGGAGGAGGAGGAGGAGGAGGAGGAGGGCCGGAGAACUGGGAGAUUACCAAGGAUCCCGAAAGCGGAUUUCCUUCGGAGAGGAGCAGUGGGGAGAUGGGAAGCGAAUCGGAUGUAGAUUCAGGCAUUGGCCCCGCGACCCCCUCCCAGCGAAGGGCCUACAGUUCCAGCCAGGUCGCCCACCGGGAGCCUCCGCAGAAGCUCCCCACGGCCAGCGACUCCAGCUCCAUCCAGGGCUCAAACCCUCUCCGGAAGGUCCCCCUGCAGGAGCUCAGCCGGAUCACUUCAGACGCCCAGCCUGGGCAGGUGGAGAUUCAGGAGAACCUGGCGGGGGCCUGCGAGAGCGUCAGGAAGAUCCGGGCGGACAUGGGCAGCACCAACGUCCUGCCCCCCCUGAAGUGGGUCAUCCGGCAGCCGAUCCACCGCGGCCACCCCCGCCUGCUCUUCCUGCUGACGGACGGGGCGGGGGCCAACACCGGCAAAGCCCUGGAGCUCCUGCGCAGCCACGCCUCCUCCACCAGGUGCUACACCUUCGGCCUGGGGAAGAACGCCUGCCGGAGGCUGCUGAAGGGCCUGGCGGCCGUAACCAAAGGAAGCGCCGAAUUCCUGGCCGAAGGGGAGCGGGUGCAGCCGAAGCCCCUCACAGCCGGCCCCACCCCAGCCCCCAAGAAGGCCCGAGGAGGAGCCGGCCCACGGCGGCCAUCUCUGCUCCAGGACCUGUGCCAGCUGCCCAGGGGCCCCAGGCGGACGGGGGCAGGGGCAGGAUCCGGCUCCCAGGACCCCAGCCCCCUUUCCUAUUUGGACAGCCGGAGCCCCGGAGAGCCUGAGUCUGCCCAGCAUCCUUCCUUCAACUUUGAAACAGAGUCCACCUCGGAUUGGGACCUUCCCGAUUUGGAAGCAGGCUCCUCGGCCGGUGGCGGCUGGAGGGGGUCUCGGAGGUCGCCCUGCGUGGCCCUGGUGAAGGGGCUCCAGAACGGGCAGCCGGUCAAGUGGGAGAUCACCUUCGACCUCGGACCCCUCUUCCAAAGCCGAGGAGACAAGAGCCUGGCCGAGAGGGAGUUUGAGAUCGAGCACGGGUCCGGGCGACGGUACCAGGCCAACGCUGUGCACACCAGCAAAUCCUGCAACGUGAUCAGCAAAUUCACGGCGUUUGUGCCGGUCGACCUGAGCAGCAACAACUAUUUGCCAAGCCUCCUGAAAUAUCCCAACACAGGUCUGCUGAUGAAGCCCUCCAGCCAACGGAGCUCAGAGGCCGAGGGCCGGCGGUGGCACCGGGGACUCUCGGCUAGCUGGGGUCGGAUUCACGGCGGCGGAGGCCCUGGGUUGCCUCACCCAGACGCAGAAGAGAAUAUUCCGUCUCCUCCUGCCUCACUUCCUUCCGCCGGGGGGAAUCGCCAGAGUUUCCCAGACGGGUUACUACGCAGCCCCCCCGCUUCCUCUCAAAAGUCCAUCGAAAACUUCUUCGGUGCCAGGCUGACGUUUAACAAGGCCAGGCUCCUGACUAAGGCUGCCCGAGGCUUCAUGGGGAAGUUUCCUGCCAAGGGCAAUGAGCUCAGUUCGGAAAAUGAGAAUGAAAAUGUCGAUUAUCUGCCACUGGUGUCCCUCCAGCUGGCCUCUGGCCCCUUCCUCUUGAACAAGGCCUUCUCCGAGGCCAUCCGCAUCCCCCUGGAGAAGCUCAGGUGGUCCUCGCCCUUCGCCUGCCACCGCCUGGGCCUCAGUCCUUCCAGCAGCUCCAGGAACGCGGAAGCUCCGGGAGAAGCCAAGAGCGUGGCUGAAGGGGAGGGCGAGGCCGCCCUGCGUGGACGUCCUCCUGCAGCGGAAACCUCCUCCCGGGUCCCCGGGGCCGAGGGCCGCCUGUCCCCGCCCUCCAUCACCAUCCAGAGCUGCUCCAGCCCAGAGAACGCCCCAUCGCCGCCGGACAGCGGCCGAGGCUCGGAGACCGAGACCUCCGAACUCCAGGCGUGGCUGGCCGACGUUGAGCUCCAGCAGCGAGCCGAGCCGGAGGGGAUGCUGUGGGCCACGGCGGUGGCCUUGGCGUGGCUGGAGCACAGCUCGGCCUCCUACUUCAUCGAGUGGGAGCUGGUGGCCGCCAAGGCCAGCCGAUGGCUGGGAGAGCAGGACAUCCCGGAAGGGCGGAACCUGCCGGCCCUCAAGACGGCGGCUCAGCAGCUGUUCGUGCUUCUCCGGCACUGGAACGAAAACCUCCAGUUCAACCUGCUGUGUUACAACCCGAAGGAUGUCUAG